AUGGAAGGAGAAGAUAGGAAGUCCAAUAUUGUGAAGGCCACGCCCGGCGAAGAGGGUGAGGACGCUGUGAUUUCAGUCAAAUUGGCUCCCCAGGACGGCUCAGGAGUUGUGGAAAUCCGAGCAAAGGGAAAGACGAAGAUCAAGCGACUGGUGGAUGCUUGGGCGAAGCAGAAGAGCAUCAAUCCGCAAUCUGUGCGGCUUCUUGGCCCGGAGGGACAGCGUCUCAAUCUUGAAAGCACUCUGAACGAAGCCAACAUCAAUGACGGUGACCAGAUCGACGUCAUGCUUCUGCAGACAGGAGGCGCCAGAGAGUGA